ACCAUCCGGAAGUCCCCAUGCUAAAAGCCAACCCAAAGUUUGCUUCUCUUCCAGAGGAGACGUUAAGAAAAUCCGCGACCAACAACCUCCGUCUCCCUUUCUCGCGCUCUCUCUCCGAUCUCGAAACGAACUGAAUUGUUUGUGUGUUGAUUCGUGACUCGCGUGGAUCGGAGUGCAGAGAAGGAGGUCUGUGAUUUGCGUGCGCAAUAGAAUGGCAUCGGAAGACUUAAUGGCGGGGGGUGGACCCCGGUACUUUCAAAUGCAAUCGGAGCCGUCGCCGGGGAUGACGUCCUCCUUCUUCUCUUUCCGUCAGAGCCCGCCGGAGUCGUCUCGAAUCUUCGACGAACUGCCUAAGUCCACCAUCGUGUCUGUGUCCCGGCCCGACGCCGCAGAUAUCAGCCCCCUGCUCCUCUCCUACACGAUUGAGUUUCAAUACAAACAGUUCAAGUGGUGCUUACAGAAGAAAGCUUCACAAGUAUUCUAUUUACACUUUGCAUUGAAGAAGCGUGUAUUUAUUGAGGAAAUUCAGGAGAAGCAGGAGCAGGUUAAAGAAUGGCUACAGAGCCUAGGAAUUGGAGAUCAGACAGCAGUUGUCCAAGAUGAUGAUGAACCUGAUGAAGAAACUGGUUUGUUACAUCAAGAUGAGAGUGUUAAAAGCAGAGACGUUCCAUCUAGUGCAGCUCUGCCAAUCAUUAAGCCAGCUUUGGGAAGGCAACAAUCAAUUUCAGACAGAGCUAAGUCAGCAAUGCAAGGGUAUUUGAAUCACUUUCUGGGGAACAUGGAUAUUGUGAACUCCCGAGAGGUUUGCAAGUUUUUGGAGGUUUCUAAGCUAUCAUUCUCACCAGAGUAUGGGCCUAAGCUGAAAGAAGAUUAUGUUAUGGUGAAGCAUCUGCCAAAACUCCCAAAGGCUGAUGGUUCUAGAAACUGCUGUGGAUGUUCUUGGUUUGAUUGUUGUAAUGACAACUGGCAGAAGGUGUGGGCUGUAUUGAAACCUGGAUUCUUGGCCUUUCUGGAAGAUCCUUUUGACACAAAGCCGCUAGACUUAAUUGUUUUUGAUGUUCUACCCGCCUCAGAUGGGAAUGGGGAAGGCCGAGUGUCAUUAGCAAAAGAAAUAAAGGAGCGGAACCCUUUGCGUCAUGCAUUUAUCGUGGCUUGUGGGAACAGGAGCAUCAAGUUAAGAACUAGAAGUAAUGCUAAAGUUAGAGACUGGGUUGCUGCUAUUAAUGAUGCUGGACUUAGGCCUCCUGAGGGCUGGUGCCAUCGCCACCGCUUUGGUUCUUUUGCACCUCCAAGGGGUUUGACUGAUGAUGGUAGUCAGGCUCAAUGGUUUGUAGAUGGUCGAGCAGCAUUUGAUGCCAUUGCUUCAUCAAUUGAGGAAGCAAAAUCUGAGAUAUUUAUUUGUGGUUGGUGGGUGUGCCCAGAACUGUAUCUGCGGCGUCCUUUCCAUUCCCAUGCUUCUUCUCGGCUCGAUGCUUUGCUGGAAGCAAAAGCUAAGCAAGGGGUUCAGAUUUACAUUCUUCUUUACAAAGAGGUUGCCCUUGCUUUGAAAAUCAAUAGUGUAUAUAGCAAGAGAAAGCUUCUUAGCAUCCAUGAGAAUGUGAGAGUGUUGCGUUAUCCCGACCAUUUCUCUAGUGGUGUUUAUCUGUGGUCCCACCAUGAAAAACUUGUCAUCGUGGAUUACCAGAUUUGCUUUAUUGGAGGACUGGAUCUGUGCUUUGGUCGUUAUGAUACCUUGGAACACAAGGUAGGUGAUCAUCCACCUAUAAUAUGGCCUGGGAAGGACUAUUAUAAUGCAAGGGAAUCUGAACCAAAUUCUUGGGAAGAUACAGUGAAAGAUGAGCUGGAUCGCACAAAGUAUCCUCGUAUGCCAUGGCAUGAUGUCCAUUGUGCCCUCUGGGGACCACCAUGCCGUGAUAUAGCUCGACACUUUGUUCAGCGUUGGAACUAUGCAAAGAGAAAUAAAGCUCCAAAUGAGCAAGCAAUUCCACUACUUAUGCCUCAGCACCACAUGGUCAUUCCACAUUACUUGGGAAAGAGUAAGGAGAUGGAGAUUGGGAAUAAGAAUGCUGAAGACAACGUUGGAGAAAUUAGAAGGCAAGAUUCCUUUUCCUCUCGCUCAUCGACGCAAGAUAUCCCACUGCUUUUGCCUCAGGAAGCUGAUGGGAUCAACACUUCUAAUGAAGACACAACAUCCAAUGGAAUGGACUUGGCACAUAAUCUCAUUGACCGGCCAAGCAGGAUUAGAAGAAGUCUUUCUUUCUCAUUCCGGAAGUCCAAAAUUGAACCAGUUGGUCCGGAUAUGCCAAUGAAAGGCUUUGUAGAUGACCUUGAUUCCUUGUGUUUUCAAAGGAAAAGACCUUCAGAUGUGGUGGUGCAGCCCACCGUUAAACAUUUGGAUAAUGAGUGGUGGGAAACACAAGAGCGGGGUGAUCAAGUUGCUUCUGCAGAUGAAACUGGACAAGUUGGUCCGUGCACCUCAUGUCGUUGUCAGGUUAUUAGGAGCGUCAGUCAGUGGUCUGCUGGAACAAGUCAAACUGAAGAGAGCAUUCACAAUGCUUACUGCUCUCUUAUUGCAAAGGCAGAGCACUUUGUAUAUAUUGAGAAUCAAUUUUUCAUAUCAGGCUUUUCAAAAGAUGAGAUAAUACGAAAUCGUGUGUUACAAGCAUUGUAUGAGCGUAUUACCCGAGCGUACAAUGAGAAGAAGUGUUUCAGGGUUAUUAUUGUCAUACCUCUUUUGCCUGGAUUCCAGGGGGGCCUGGAUGAUGGUGGUGCGGCAUCUGUGAGGGCCAUAAUGCAUUGGCAGUAUAGAACCAUUUGCAGAGGGCAUAAUUCAAUUUUGCAGAAUCUUUGUGAACAUCUUGGUCCUAAAACAGAUGAUUACAUUUCUUUUUAUGGUCUUAGAAGUUAUGGCAGACUCUUUGAUGGAGGUCCUGUCGUCACCAGUCAGGUCUAUGUGCAUAGCAAAAUGAUGAUAGUUGAUGAUCGUAUAGUGCUGAUUGGAUCUGCUAAUAUUAAUGAUAGAAGUUUGCUUGGGUCAAGAGAUUCUGAGAUUGGUGUACUUAUUGAAGACCAAGAAUUAGUUGAUUCAUCUAUGGGAGCAAAGCCUUGGAAGGCUGGAAAAUUUGCUUCAAGUCUUCGCCUAUCACUUUGGUCUGAACACCUUGGUCUUCGUUCAGGAGAGAUCAAUCGAAUAUCUGACCCAGUAGUUGAUUCAACUUACAAAGAUAUAUGGGCGGCGACUGCAAAGACAAAUACAAUGAUCUACCAAGAUGUCUUUGCUUGCAUCCCUAAUGAUCUUAUACAUUCCAGGGCUUCACUGAGAAGUACCAUGGCCUGCUGGAGGGAAAACUUUGGCCACACUACGAUUGAUUUAGGUGUUGCUCCUCAGAAGUUAGAAUCAUAUCAGAAUGGGAAUGUCAAGGAAACCGACCCCAUGGAAAGACUGGAGUCAGUACGGGGACACCUUGUUUCUUUCCCAUUGAAUUUUAUGCGCCAAGAAGAUUUAAGACCCGUGUUCAAUGAGAGUGAGUACUAUGCAUCACCUCAAGUUUUUCAUUAGGUAUGAUGCUAUGGAGUUACUAAAGCUACAUUGAUUUGUCGGGCUGGCCCUGGUUUUUGCAUUAUAAUUGCCAGGGAAAUUCACACGUAUGCACAUGAGAGAGAGAGAGAGAGAGAGAGAGAUGUAUAUUUAACCAUUCCAUUGUUGUAUUAACUUUAUUAAUAAGAUUGUUUUCUUGAUGAUCUCCUCCA